CCAGAGAGAAACGUGAUGUAUACCCAGACACGUGGGCAUCCAGGCCCACAUGCGACCCCCACGCGCAGCUGCCCCUUUAAAGGCCCCCGAGGGGGGGCGGGGCUACACCCUUCCCCACUAGCCAAUCCCAGGAGCCUGAGCCCCGCCGGUCCCGCCCUCCGGACGCGUGCGUACUUCAAACCGACCAAUCCGAGAGCGGCGGAGGCGGGCCCGCGCUUCCCAUAGGCUGCGCCCCCGCCCCGCCCCCUCAAGAUGGCGGCGCCCAGCGGAGCGGAGCGGGCGGUGGGGAGAGGCGGAGGUUGAGCCCCGCCGCGGGGGGGGACGGGCCGGGGCCCCCGCAAGCGCGGAGGGCCUUGCAGGGUCCCGGCCGGCCCUGCCAUGGAGCUGCUGUUCGUGAUCCUGCGCGGCGCAGGCCUGGCGCUGCACGUGGUGGGCUUCGUGCUGGACGUGAACUUCUUCCUGGUGUCCACGCUGGUGUCGGUGCUGCUGUGGCUGGUGGCCUUCGUGUGCAGCCUGCCGCAGGCGCUGGUGGCCGGGGCGCUGCAGUGCUGGGAUGGGGCCCUCUUCUCGCUGCUCUACCUGGCGGAGGUGGCUUGCUGCCUGGUGCUGGGCUCCCUGCAGGCCCUGGCCGGGCUGCUGCGGGGCUUCAGCGCCAGCCUGGAGAGCCUCAAGGUGGCCGGGCACCUGGCCUCGCACCUGGUGCUGCGGGGCCGGGAGGCGGUGCACCGCGGGCUGUGGCACCUGCUGGGCUCGGGCCAGGCGCUGCUGCGGCAGGCGUGCGAGGUGUGCGCCAUCGCCAUGAGCCUCCUGGCCUACCUGGUGAACAGCGUCAUCAACAUGUGCCUCAUCGGCACCCAGAACCUGUUCGCCCUGGCGCUGGCGCUCUGGGACUCCAUCGUCGGCCCCUUCCUGCGCGUCACGGACCUGCUGGCCGCCUUCUUGGCCCACGUGUCCAGCAGCGCCGUGGCUGUGGCCAUCCUCCUGUGGUCGCCCUGCCAGCUGGCCUUCGAGCUGCUGGCGGCUGCCGCCAAGCUCCUGCUCAGCGCCUUCGUCCUCAAUGUCUACGGCCUGGUCUUGCUGGGGCUGAUUCUGGCGGUCAGCGCCCUGCUCCUCAAUCCUGAGCUGGUGUGGACGCUGGCGAUGCAGGCCUCGGGCUACCUGAACACCUUCCCCUCCUACCACCGCCUGCGCCGGGACAUGUGCCGCCUCUACCAGGUGGUGCUCCUCACACUGGGCAUGGUCAUGAGCUCCCAGGCUUGGCGCAGGCUGGCUGACUGGAGCCUCCAAGUGGCCAACUGGAGCGGAGGAGUCCGAGCAGUGAACCCGCAGGUCCCUCCAGGGCUGCUGGGCCCAGCCAUGGGUGCUCAAAGGAGGCAGGGGGCAGCUGCAGCCCUCCCCAGGCCAGCCCCUCCUGCCAGGCAGGGGCUACCAGGAGCCAGUCAGCAGGCAACAGGGGGUGCCCGUCAGGUCCGGCAGCUGCCAGCCAGAGCUCCCGAGGAGCAGCACGGCGUGGAUGCGCAGGGCAACGUGGCGGGGCAGCACCCUGCGGUCCCUGGGGAGGAACCGAGCACGUCGCGGGGAAGAGCCUCGGGGAAGGAACAACUGAACGCGGCAACGGUGGAGGAUGGGGAGGACCCCUGGCUGCUCCUGAAGGAGCAGGAGGAGCGCAAGAAGUGCGUCAUCUGCCAGGACCAGACCAAGACGGUCCUGCUGCUGCCCUGCCGCCACCUCUGCCUGUGCCAGGAGUGCACCGAGAUCCUGCUGCAGCAGGCUGUCUACCAGCGCAACUGCCCGCUCUGCCGCCAGAUGAUCCUGCACACGCUUGACGUGUACCUGUGAGCCGCACAUGCUGGACCACGCCGGGCCCCCCUCUGCCGGGGCAGCUUCUGCCUCCAGCUCGGCGCCACGCUCCCGAUGCUGCCUUGAGUUUUCCAAAGAACUGAUGAAAGGGUCAAAGAGCGAAGAGACUGUCAGAAGCUUCCAUUCGCUCACAUCUUGUACUUGCGUCUUGCUGUCACCAGAAAGCACAGCUGCCUGUCUGGGUCACGAGGCUUCGCCUUGCUCAAGACUGUUACCUCGAUUGCAGGCCACGCGGCAUCUCUGAAGCAAGGCUUGAAACAUGCUCCAGUGGCUGAGAGGGGAGAAAAGGUGAAGGCAGGGCCUGGGGGGAAAGCCAACUGCUGGGACAGGGUUGGGUCUGGGGAUCCAGCGAGCACCAGGUGCUUGCACCCUGCUCUGGGAGGGAUUUUUUAGCAGGCUAUGCCCCUGAAAACCUCGGGGUCCCCCCUCUAUACUGGUGGGGGCAGAGCAUGCCCUUCUAAUUCUUGCCUUGGCCUCCCAGGGGAGUGGAUGGCCUGGAGCCCACAGCAGGACAGUGAAACAGUUUCACUCCAGAGCUGCCCCACUCAGGCCCCCACCAGCCACUAAUGCAUUUUUCAAGCCUUGAGCCCACCUGCCUUGUGUUCCCUGCCGCCAGAGACACGUUGCGGGGACGUGUCCCGUGGGGGCCGAGACCUGCUUUCAGAAAGCAGCUUCUCAUUUUUGGACCCUGAUACUCCAGUGGGGAAGGGGGUGGGGGCCUGGCUUCUUCCCAUCCCUGUUCAAAACUGGGAGAAAAAUAGUCUGAGAUGGUUCUUCCCCACAUUACCGGAUGCCUCCCUCCCUGGCAGUGGAAAACACAAGCUCUUCCCAGUCUGACCU